UUGAUUUUCUAUUUCUAUUUUCUAUUUUCUAUUUUCUAUUUCGUUCUUAUUAUUCUUCUUCUUUCCCUUGGAAGGGCUUAAAAUGGCAAGUGAGGGCCCUGAAGUUCUCUCCGUUGAACUCCCUGCUCCUCCUGGAUGGAAGAAAAAGGUACUCUUGAAGGACAAUGGCUUGGGAGUUAUUAUUUGAUGGAAGGCUUUAAGGAAAAUGCAUGGAGCUAUUGUUCUUGUUCCUACCCAAUAAAGAAGGCACACCGAAGAAGAACGAAAUCAUUUUUACUGCACCCACUGGGGAGGAGAUCAACAACAGAAAGCAAUUGGAGCAGCUCCUGAAAUCCCACUCUGGCGGCCCCAAAAUAUCUGAAUUUGACUGGGGUACUGGUGACACCCCGAGGAGAUCAACAAGGAUCAGUGAGAAGUCAAAAGCAACCCCACCUUCAGAAAGUCCGCCCAAGAAGAAGCGAAGCAAGAAAUCAACGGAUUCCGUGAAGGAUGGUGUAGAAACAGAAGAUGCCCAAGAAACCCAAGAGAUGAAAGAGGAUCAGACACAAGAAAAUGACACAGCCAAGAAGGAAGUACCAGAAGAAGCUGCUGCUGAAGAUAACCAAUAUGAGAAGGAAGCUAAAAUGCAAGAAGAUGGUAACCCAUUAGCCGAACAAGCUGCUCCUGUAGAAUCCCAAGUCGGAAAGGAAGUUAAUCUGCAGGAGAAUCUCACAAAGCAGGAAGGGUUUGAAGAGCCGAAUGGAGACACACCUACAUCUGUAGUGGGAGCAAAAAUUGCGAAAGAAGCUCGUAGUGAGGAUGGUGAGAAACCCAUUUUGCAGGUGGAAGAUGGAGCGAAAACCGAGAACAAAGUGAUUGAAAACAGCAACCACUAAGUUGAGAUUAGCAAAGCAAUCAGGUUAUUAGCUACUGAAAGCAUAACCCACCUUUAUGUUGUCUUCGUUGAGAUUAGCAAAGCAAUCAGGUUAUUAGCUACUGCAAGCAUAACCCUGCCUUUCUGCUAUCUCUGUUGUCUUUGUGGGUUCCCUUGGAUGACCGUAGUUUUUUAAGGUGGUUGUUGAUUGCUCUGAUUAUUCAUGGGACAUCAAUAGUAGGCCUUUGAUGAGGCAUUGCCGCAUUGAAUUGACUUUAGAUUGUGCUCUGUAGAGAGCAUCAAUGUGACUCUAGAUUGUAGUCUGUAGAGUGUUAUGACUGGUGUGAUAGCCAACAUUGGUGAUAUAUGUAUCAAUUAUGUUUGCACUUGCUUUA